AUUUAGCACUACUUUAACAAAUGGCACUUUGUACUGGUGCCGCUAGAUGGCGAUGUAUCCCACGCUUCCACGUGAUCUUCUGGAACCAGGAAAUGGUGGAACCAGGAAGUGGGAGCUGCUGUACAAUAGACGGAUAUCAUCCCUCAUAUCUCUGGCAGGGAACCAGGAAUAUUCACGGGUGAUGCCUGAAUUUCUAAUGAAGCACUCCCGCCUGGGGGCUGAAUCGCCACAAGUUGGAGAAUUCUGGCUUUACGUUUGUCUGCGACGAUUUAGCAGUUUCCUGGCACAUGUUAUGGCUAUCGGGUUCACCAUCUUUAUGGUGAUACUUUCCCGGCCUGGGACUAGUCUCUUCUCAUGGCAUCCUGUCUUCAUGGCCACCGCAUUUUGCCUGUGUAUGACUGAAGGCGUACUACUGUUGUCUCCUGAUACUUCUCCUUUCUGCCCCCUCUCCCGAACGUCCAAGACCCGACUACAUUGGUUGGCACAAUUAUUUGUGUUUGUGUAUGCAAGUGUUGGCCUGACUUUCAUUAUCUGGAGCAAGAACCGUAGUGAGCAACCACACUUUACCUCUUGGCACAGCAUUUUGGGCAUUAUCACAAUUGCUGCCACAUCCUGCCAGGCUUUCUGGGGCUUUGCAUUGUUGUGUCCCCGCCUGGUCCGUGUCACUGCAGUAUCUCGCCUUAAACUAUACCAUGCCACAUGUGGCCUAAUAGUGUAUCUAUUAUCUACUGGUACUGUCCUAUUUGGCUUGUGUUCAGACUGGUUUCAGGCACAAGUUAAGGGACCUGUGUGGUAUGUCUGCCUUUGCGUUCCUCUUUACCCUGCUCUGAUCAUUAUGAACCAGGUAAUAGAUAUUUACCUGCCAAAAAGGAAAGGACAGAUGUGACAGAAUGCAAUUUUACCAAGAGCUGCCCAGAAGAAGAACAUCUACAUGCUGGCACUGAGCAGAAUGUAAUUGUUUUUAAGAACUUUAUCACUUUACAUUUUUAUGUCUGCAUGUACACUUAUGGUGCAUACAUGAACAUAUUGCAGUCUUGCACUUUUUGAACUGUGGAAUUAAAACUUAAACAAGCUAACAGAUACAUUUUAAACCACUAAAAAUGAGGACAUUCAGGGCAGUGUGCAUAUAACUGCACCAAUUUCAUCAACCUCUGCUUAUUUUUGUGCUCCUUUCUAUGUUUUGGGUGAAAUGUGUAGGUUACCUUAUGGUAUCCUACAUACAGUUCCCAUUUCCUUCUGAAAGUUUCUUACGGUUUUAUUGAUUUUUUUAUUUGUGUGUGGUUUGUUUAUUUUAUGCAGUCAAGUCCUGCCAUCUGGCCAAGGAUGACUGGAUCCCUCAAAGGAUGGCUGUAUCAUCACCCUACAUUUACCUUGAAAUGUUAAACACCAGCAUUAUCCAUUUACUUCCAGCCUAGGCCAUGGAUGGAUUUCUUACUAGACAUAGUUUCCUCAGGGAUAAGCAUCCAACACAGAUGAAAGAAAAUCAAGCCUAAUAUUUAUCUGUGUCACUGUGAAAUGUUACAGAGCUAGUGCGUUUUUGUGAUGUGUAUAUAUUUUUCAUGGUGGAUUGAAAUUGACUUCCUUCUUGAACAGAGUUGUUCUUUAAGCACUUAUGAAUUCAGAUUUGAAAAAGCAAAUCAUGCCUUGGCACAACGCUAACUGCACAAAUGUAUUUUAUUCAUUUUUUCAAUCAUUUUAUAUGGACUUGCAAUUAUUAAAAGCAAGGAAAAAAAAUUGGGGGCCUAUUUUACAAUAUUGAGCAUUACUGAUCAAGCGUGAUUCUACAAAUUUAUGUAUGGAAAUUAAUUUUAUAGCACUGAUAAAAUACAUAUCAAGGAAUACCGCUCAUAAAAAGGUUUUUAAUUUUACAAGGCUACUUUAAAUCACUUACCCCAGCAAUCAAAUAUGGCCAUAUUGUGUUAAGCCCACCACUACGCCACAGCACAACCGUAUCAGUGGGUCCUACACUAGAUUUAACAUGGGCGAUAAAUUUAAAUGUCUUCCUUAAUCUAUAUUUUGUAUAAAUUCUUUACUGCAGCACCACUGCUGAGAAAUCUGGAUGUGCCCCUAAUCCCCC